GGCAUCUUCAAACCAGUUGCCGAGGUCUCCAAGGGGGGAGUUGUCGGCGAUAGUGGUCUGAACGUCACUGAAGACGUGCUGCUGUUGCUGAGCACUGACUACCUGGGAGCAGACGGCAAGAGCCAAAACUGCCACUGCAGUCAAAGAUUUCAUAGGAGCCAUGCUUGUGCGAGGCGGUAAAAGAAGAAAGUUAAGAAGCGAAACAACGGCUGCCGUCGCACUCUUUGUGAUGUCAGUCACCAUUUUUACUGGGCCGACUCCGUGCAAUCGGGCGAUCCGCUAACGUCACAUGAGCUCAGAUUUUUUUUUUUCCUUCAUUUGUGUUUGGUGAACCUCAGCAAUUGAGGCAGGGCUCGAAGCAGUUAGACACACGUAUAUCAUGCAGAUACUACCGGGGCUCACUGUGGUUGAGGACUUUGUUUCUCCCGAGGAAGAAACGCAUUUGGUCCAAUGCUGCGAUGAGCGGCUAUGGUCAGGACUUGGAAUUAGCCCCAAUCCUGAAUUGAAGAGGAGGACGCAGCAGUAUGGCCAUCUCUUCAGCUAUCAGUAUAGAAAAGUGCUGCAAGAGCUUGGUCCACUUCCAGACUUCGUCACACCGGUUUUAGACCGCAUUGCUGACCAAAAUUUGUCACCGCCACCGAAUCAUCUCCUGGUCAAUGAAUAUGAGCCUGGCCAAGGUAUCAUGCCUCAUACAGAUGCCCCCAGUAUCUUCGGCCCUGCCAUCCUUUCAUUAUCAUUACUCUCGGCUUGCGUCAUGAAGUUCACAAAUGCAGAGACUGGUCGCACGGUUGACGUCCUUUUGCCUCGGCGAUCCAUGCUUGUGAUGACGGAAGAAGCUCGAUAUAACUAUAAGCACUCGAUUUCCAAGGAUUUGAUCGAGACUUUAUCGGAUGGCACUACCAUCGAACGAUCGAGGAGAGUAUCGUUCACAUUCAGACAAAUUAUCUCGUUUACAGGUGAAUGCUCCAAAUAGAAACAUGCCAAAUUUUUUAAUAAUAUCGAACAGAGGAAGGUGUUGUGUACAUAAUAAAAUGUAAGGAAUAUAGAAUAUUUAUCCA